AUGAAGGCUUAUGACGGAAGCUCAGAUCCAAAGGAGUUCGUAACAGUUUUUCGAGCGGCAAUGUCAUUGUGUGGAGAAUCAGAUUUGUUGUUAUGUCAGACAUUUCCAGUUUUUCUGAGGAAGCAGGCGUUAGAAUGGUUUACGACUUUGCCAGUCAACUCCAUUGACAGUUGGUCGGAGCUGUCUCUUAGGUUUAUACAACAGUUUGCCCAUUGUGGACCCCUGCCCAAAACCACACACAAUUUGUGUGGAGUAAGACAAAAGCCGGGAGAAAAGGUGAGAGAGUAUUACGAACGAUUUCAAGCAGAAGCUAGGCAAGUGAAGGGGCUAGAGAAUCAGACGUAUUUGUUGUUAUUUACCACCGGGUUACAGCCUGGCGGGUUGGCAGAUUCGUUGGCAAAAAAAGGUCCGGCUACAAAAGAAGAUUUAAUGGAAAGGAUUCAGAAGUAUAUUGAUCUGGAAGAAUUUAAAUCUUCUCAAAAGCAAAUUGAACAAGGUUUCAGAGAAGCUACAUUUAAGAGGCCCGACAAGCCUGCAGGGGGAGGACAGUUUGAAGAAAGACGACCUCGAACGAAUGUUAUUGAGAGGCUGAUUAAAGAAGGGAAGUUACAGAAGUAUGUGAGAAGGGGAGAAGGAGAAGGUUGUAAGGAAGAUAAGUAUAGGCGACUAGAACGUAGUCGCAGCCCGCCUGGAAGAAGGAAUAGAGAGGUUAGCGGAAACCAAAAGGUAGAAGUGCAAGCAUCUUCGAGUCAGGUUCCGGUGGGGCAUAUUUGCACUAUAGCCGGAGGACGAGCAGGAGGAGAAGAAUCAGGUAAUGCCAGAAAAAAGCAUUUGAAGAUGUGCAUGGCUAUUUCUGAGAAACCGCGUUUUAAAGAAGAAAGAAGGAAGACGGGUAGGCAAGUAGUGUUCGAAGAAUUGGAUGAUGAAAUAUUGGAUCCAGAGCAUGAUGAUCCUUUGGUUAUCUCGGGUUUGCUAGCAAACUACCGAGUCGAUAAAAUGUUAGUAGAUCCUGAGAGCUCGGUGGACAUUAUCUUUUGGGAUGCUUUCAGAAGGAUGGAUUUGGAUUGUGACCAGUUAGAACCAUGCAGAGCUGAUUUUUAG